CUAGUCCGAUCUAGAGAAGGAAUGUCUAUUAUAUGGGUACCAAACAAAAUUAUUUUUAGGCUUUAUAAAAUAUAUUUAUUAAUAAUGUUAUUAUUUAAAAAAAAAAAAUUAUUUUAAUAUUAAUCGAAGCAGGGGUUAACUCGUUUAACUUAGUAAGAUAAGUGAGCUCUCCUUAUUAGAAAUCAUCAAAUUUGCUCAGUUCAUGUUUGUAAACAUGUCUGCUGAUACCGAAUGAACAUAGGCGAUUACGUAUUGCAAAAUGUGUAAAAACAAACUAAUCUAACAUUUAAAUAUAAACUGUAUACAUCAUCUAAUAAUUUGGUUCUUUGGUUUUAUUUUUUCAGUGGAUCUUCUAGACUUAAUCACUGAAUAAAGAGUGAAAUUGUGUACUGAUUUCGGCCUUUAUAAACUUUAUUAUAAUUAACUAGUUGAUACUAGUUUAAGUUUAUGUUAGUUGUGGUCCUACCAACACCACUAGUAGUGUUAGUAGGACCUAGGUCGGCUACAUAUUAGUAAAUAUUACCACUCACUAGAACACAUACCCCCCCCCCACUCAUACUCUUCUUAAUUUCAGCACUCUUAAUCUGAUCAAAUAUAUAAUUGACUACACACACUGCUAAAUUCGUAAGUUUGAACUACAAUACAUGGUGGCAGUCAUAGCCAUACAAAUCAUGAUGAUUAGACUAGGGAGUAAGUGAUGUAGUCUAGAAGAAAAACUAGAAUAAGUUGCCAGGAUCAACAAAGAUUUGUGUCACCUUUUCCAUGAAAAAAGCACUGGAUUUUGUAGGAAAUGCCUAAGCCUAAGGAAGAAAAAAAGUGCCGCCAGACAUUAAAAGUUAUUCAAAUUAAAUAUUUUUAGACAAUCGGAGUGUUCUGGUAAACUAAAUCUAAUUAAAUUUUAGGCCUAAAUUAAAAAACAUAGAAAAGUUAUCAUGAUUGAUAUAUAUUUUUUUCUAUAUUCUUUAGACAAAAGAUGUUUCCAUCCUUUAAUGAUGGUUAAUUAAUGCAAACAAUCAUCUGUGAAGGAAACAAAACCAAUGUUACUUAAAAAUUACCAUUAAAAUGAGUUCUUUGAAGAAUUUAAGACAACGUUUCAAUAAAGAUAAAGAUGAACAUCGCAAAGAUCCAAAAGAAUCAGGCAGAAGUGGCCAGGGCCAUACAGCUGCAGAAGAAGUAAGAUUUUUAAGGCUUUAGAUGUAACUUAUUGCUUUCAUAAUACAUUAAUUUUUUACCAUGUUUGUUUUAUUCAUUGAUUUGAUAUGGUAUGACGUCCAUUGUAUGCUAUUGUAAGGCAUAUUUAUUUACUACACUCUAUGCAGGAGAUUUUUGAAGUUAUUGAGUCAUCAGAAGAUUUAAGACAAGGUGCAACAAUGGAAAAAUUGAAGCAUCCAGCUGAAGAUACACAAAGUUGUGGAUCUUUUCCUAGUGAAGAGCUAAUGUCAUCAAUCACAUGGAAUACUCCAGAGGAGCGGAAAAUAUUUGAAGAGCAGUUGAAUCAGCUUCAGGAGCAAUUAAUGAUGGUUAUGAUUGAAAACCAAACAUUAAGUAAGAAUGAUUCGUAUAUUCUUAGUUUUUCCCAAUAAUCAAAAUUCACAUGACAAAACAAUGAAAAAUGAAGUCAUAAUUUCAUGUAGUGUUUCCUCUCUUUGCUGUUGACGAUUGUAAAGUCAUUCACUUGUAACAAAAAUUGUAAAGGUAUUAUUUAUUGUCUUUUAGUAAUUUAAAUAUUUAGAACCUCAAUAUUUUUGUUAAUUAAAGUAUGAAUGCGUGGGUAAAAAUUUGUCAGAAGUAUAGCAGAAUGGAACGUGUUUGGCACUCCUCAGUGAGGAAGUUUUUUGACUAAGAAGUGAAUUUAUUUAUUCUGAAAUUGUGCGAUUGUUUUAAAAACAUAGAUUAAGAUUUGAUUGUAACUGAUAGUCAUUAGGUUAAGAGGAGGUGUUCAUAAUGAUCAAUAACAAGCUAUAUGUUUAGGUUUCUCUAAUUUUUCAGAAAAGAAAUAGUUUUUUAAAAUAGAGAAAAUUUUAACUUUUUCAACCUCAUUUAUUUCAUUUUUAUUUUAUGGUUGCAAAUAAUCUUUCUUUCAGUGUAAAAAUUUGGCAUGAAUAAGCACAACUGAAUAAUAUGUCAUAUUAUUUAAUUUGGAGAUUUUAAAAGUCUUUCUUUAAUCUUAAAUGAUAUUUUAUUGUAUUUCAUCAAGAGAGUGAGCUUCAUUCAAUGAAUAAUCAAACUGAGCUUGAAAGAGUAAAAUGUGAAUUAGCAUAUGAGCAGCGACGAUGUGAGGUUCUAGAGAAGAAGCUUGAGCAAGCCAAUAAAAAAAAGUAAAUAGAGUUUUUUUGUUUUUUUUUCACCCAAUUUUUAACAACUCUCUCUGUACUUUGCGCUGGCUUUUGUGUAACAAUUUUAUAGCCAGUUAAAUAAAAGUUCUCUUAGUAAAUAAUUUUUAGGUCGGGGGAAUAUUGCAUAAAUCAAUUUUUUGCAUUAUUAAAAUGGUUGGAUAAACAUUUCAAUGACAGUUCGUCUAAAUGUUAGUAAAAAGUAAAAGUUAAAAAAUAAUCAAAUUUACAAAUAUUUUUUGAACUAACCUAUUUUAAACUAACAUUUUUAAACUUACAUUUAAAAUUAUUAUUAAAUAUUCAGAGAAUUACAAAAAAAGUGCAAUAUUGUAUUUGAGAAGGAUAUUCAAAUUUCUUAUAAUUUUAGUUCUCAAUCAUAUUGUCUCUGUUCUGAUAAUUUUUUAUCACAUGGUAACAUAAUGCAUUUUAAUUAUCUUUAAAAUAAGCUAUUAUUCAUUAAAAUAUGCUAAAAAGUUAACUUACAUUUCAGACGCCACCUCAAUUAACUUAACUUUCAAUUCUUAACUUUGCUAGAGAUUUUUAUUUAUUUUAUGGUCAUGAGUUAAGAUAAUUUGGCUCACUUCAUUCGUUCUGUAUCAUUAAUUUUGUAUUCUAAAACAUCAAUAGUUUUAACUAAUAAAUAUUUUAACAGGACUCAGAAAGUUCAAAGAACUCAGUCAGAUAUGACGGCUAAAAAUAAACUUUUAGUACCUGAGGGUGGCGUGAGUGGCAGCGCAGUUAAUGGAAGUGGAAGUGGUAGUCGCAGCAGCAGCACUAGAUCCUUAAGUGAAGGAGAUGAUUUAGGAGGUACACAUUUUAUCUUAAAGCCUUAUUUUGUAUCAGGGGGAUUAAGUUAGAGAUUUGGUCAAAUUUGUUUGAGUGAUAGUUAUCUAUUUGACGGGUAAUUAACUUUGACUUAAAAUGAUAUGUAAUUUGAAGUUUAUUAAGUGAAUUAAUUAUCUAUAAAAUAAACUAUUGAUAUAAAUAUUAAGCUUGUAUUUAGACUUAUUUCAUACAGGCUAAUCCUAAUUGGAAUAUUCCUUACGUGUGUUAUAUGUUGUAUAUUCAAAGAUGGCAUUGUCUUGGAAGUCCAGUUACCAAUACGGAAGAAGAGAUUCUAUGAAGCAGCCUUGGAGUAUUUAAUCAGUUCCUUUUAUAAUUUUCUUGAUGACUUUACUGAAGAGCCUCCAGCUGAUAAUAUUGGAGAUCCUGAAGGAGAUCCUUUGACAGUCAAAACGUAAGUAUCUGAGUUAUUUCCAUUUUUGCAACAAAAUAAGAUUUAUCCAAAAAUUUGUUAAAAUUUAAAUCAUAUUUUUUUAAAGCUAGAAAUAUAUAUUUUUAUCAUUUAAUUAAGUUAGGUAACGAAAAAUGGAGGAAAAAUACAAAAAUAAUAAAAGUUUUAAGAUUCUAAUAUAUUUAGAUGUAUAUUAAUUUUUUGGUAGUGGUUGUUUUGUUUUCAUUUUCUAUCUAUUUUCAGAUUAAAAGAGAACAUCAAAAGAUUUGGUAUGUAUAUUUUAAUAGUUUUGUUAGUUAAAAUUUUGUUGAUUUUACUAAAUUAUUUAUAAUAAUUUGGUUUACAACAAAUAACAUUUAAAAUGGCUCUCAAAUUUAUAAAAAGAUUAAAUUCUUUGCAUCGUAUGGUGCUACUGUAAGUUUCAAAAUUAUGUCAUACAAUUUUGGAUUAUAAUUUGAGGCCUUGUGAAUGAGUAAAAUCAUUAUUAGAAUUAAUAAUUUUUUAAUGUGUAAGAGUUAAAAUUAAUGUUAAUAUGAUUAUUAAAACUCAGUCACAAAGUUUUAAAUUACCAGUAAUAUUUUUUGCAAUUUUACGUUUAGACUGUAUGUUCAAUGCAAAAACAAAGUAUUCAAUGUUUUUUUUUUCUUUUGAUUUUGAGAAAAAUUGUAGAAUAAGCUAUUUGUUCUAUGCGUCAACAAUGAAUCAUUUCACUUACUACCUAUUAUCCAUUUUUGGGGUCUUCAAAUAGGUAAAAAAAAUAGUGUGUUAAAUAUUUUAACUAAAAAUGUUAGACUGGAAACAGCUGAAUCAAUUAACGGCAAAAAAAGUCAUAUGAAUCUUGAAUAUGUAGUUUUAAAUCUUUAUGUUUAAAUAAUAUGUUAUCUCUUAAUAUAUUUUUGAUCCAUCAGGUACAGAGGCAAAGCCAUAUGUUAACACAGUUAAAGGGAUAUACGACCUCCUGGCAUGGAAGUCUCCGCCUUAUACACUUAUUGCUUUUGUUGUAAGUUUUAAUGAAAAUAUUUAUUUUUAAAAACAGUCAAAAUAAUAACGAAAUUUAAAAAAAAAUUAACAUCUUUUCAACAAAUAGUUAUAUUUUGUUUUAUUCAUAAAAUAAUUAUUUACUUCAUAGAAACAACAAUUAUUAGGAUUUUAAAUUUUGUUUAAAAUAGCAACUAAUAAAAACCUUACAGUUUAAUGUAAAUUGUGUUAUUUUAAAAAAAAUUGAUGGUCAUUAUUAUUAUUAUUAUUAUUAUUAUUGUAAGUGGUUUUAUAUAGCAUGGUAUCCACGUUGUACAUACAAUUUUAGAAACAUAAUCAUGAACUUAAAAAAUUAUUUAACGUACAUUAAUUAAACAAUUGCAUAUUUAAAACUAUUUACAUGUCAAGCCUUGGACGACACCCAGCAGCAUUGUUUUUAUAUCUUAACUUUUUUAUUUUUAAUAAUAAUUAAAUAGAUAUGGACCAAGUAACAUUCAGGUAUGUACUUCAAAUGUUCUAUUUUCUGGAGAUGAGUUACUUCCCCUUUACCACUAUCCUUUUUUUUUUUUUUGGUUUCAUGUUUGAUGUUCAUUAUUGUUCUUUAAUGCUCAUUAAUGUUCAUGAUACCUUUCACCUGUGUUAUCCCCAGGUUUACAUGUACUCUGUAUGGCAAGGGUGGUUCUUUCCUGUUCUGUUAUUCUGCCUAACAUUUCGGCUCAUCAUCAACUUUCUCAGACACAGGUGACAUGUCUUGGAUUUAAAAAUUUAUUUAUAACAACACUGUAACUCUCUAGAUGUGUAAGACUAUUUUUUGAACAUGUUUUCAUUUAUUUAAAAUUUAUUUAAACAAAUAACCGUAAUUCUCUAUUAGUGUAAGACUGGUUUUUUGAAGAUGUUUUUAUUUAAAAUUUAUUUAGAUCUGAAGGUAUUCCAUCUCUGUAAAAAUAUUUUAAAAUUGCAUCAGUGGAAAAUACAUUUUCUUACACAUGGUCUAACAAAAUUUGUAAAACUGGACUUAAGAUCUUGUACUGCCCUGUAGAGUUUCCUUUUAUUAGCCUAAAGUUAUCUCCCCUGAGAACAUUUUAAAUUUUUUAAAAGUUCUGACUCAUCUCAAUUACUUACAGGGGAUGGAACAUCAGCUUUAAUUUCUUCGAGACUGUGGAGGAGACAAAGGUCAGUUCACUGAUCAAUACAGAUAUUGUUUACUUCUUAUUGUUAUCAUCUUAUAAUUCUACUUGAGCUAUACAUUGAACAACAUUUAUUUUUAAAGCAAUGAAAAUUUAGAUAAAGGUAUACUGAGUUUUGGGUAAUGAUUCUAUUUAUUUUAUAUUUGUUUCACUUCUUAAUUGUUCUGUUAUUUAAAAAAGAUUGUUGGCUUUUUUAGUACAAGUUAAAAUAUUUUAUAUUUGUUUCACAUCUUAAUUGUCCUAUUUUUUUAAAAGAUUGUAGACUUUUUAGCACAUGCUUAAACAUUUUACUUUGCAAUUGAUCGUUUGUUUAAAAAAUAUAGGAUAUUGAAGAAAAAGAUUUGGGUGUCUCAGACAAGUUUAAUUUGGUUAUGCAAGUUGCCAGGAAGGUGCAAAAUGUUCUUGGAGAAGUUGCUGAUGGCCUUGAGAAAAUUAAAAGGUUAAAAGCAAAUAAGUUUAGUUCACUUAAGCAUUAUUGACAGUGCAGCAUUUUAAUAUAGUAGCAAACACAUCUUGUAAUAUUAUGAAAUCCCUUUAAAUAACUUUAAACUAGAGAACUGAAUUAUUGGCUGAUUGGAAGCUGAGUGAACAUCAAUAUAAGACCAUAACAAAAAUAGUGAAAUAUAUAUUUUGAAAAAACAACUUUCUGGCAUGUAUAAUUUCAGCCUCCUUACCUGGCGCCACCCUGAAGCCAGCAGGCAGCUAUUGUUUGCCACCACUGCUGCAUUCAUUACAUCCUGUAUACUGCCAACCAAUUACUUUUUCUUCUAUGCUGGUAAGAGUUAUUGUGUUAUUGUAACAAAAUUAUGGUAGCUAAAAUAUAAUAACAAAAAUAUAAUACCAAAAAUAUAGUAGCCUAAAUAAAUAUACAUUUAAAUCAUUUCAGCUUUACAAUUUGAGACCGCCUCACUAUAUUAUUUUGAAUAAAGGUAGUAGGGAAAUGUUUGCAGUAUCUUAAGAAACUUAUUGCAAAUCUUAGUGUGCCUAGUCAUGAGUCUGUGUGAUUGAGUUUUGCUCAUCAAAUUCUUGUACACAUUCAUAAUAAUAAUAAUAAUAAUAAGUGGUCUUAUAUAGCGCGGUACCCCGGCCUAGGGCUGGGCUCACCGCGCUGUACAUAUAUAUAGCAAAGAGGCAUAAUCAUAAUAUUAAAAUAAAAUACAUAAAUGAAAUAAAAACAACAUAUAAGCAAAACAACACCAUAGGUAUAUUCAUCCACCCACACCAUAAAUUUUUACAAGGAAACCCAUGUACGUUUAUCGGUUUAUAGGAGGGGAAUCAGUCAGGGUAGUAUAGUUUAAAUAGAUGUGUUUUGAGUGCAGUUUUGAAGGCCUGUGUGGUUGUUAUAUUGCGGAUGUGUAGUGGCAAAGAAUUCCAUUGUUUGGGGGCGCAGAAAGAGAAAGAUCGUUCACCAUAUAAUUUAGUGCGUGUCUUGGGAACGGACAGAAUACGUGAGUCUGCGGAGGAGCGAAGUUGUCGAAGGGGUGAAUAGACAGAAAGAAGUUCAGUUAGAUAGGAAGGGCAGGAAUCCGAGAAAAAGUUGUGACAGAGAAGAGACAGCUUGUAGUCAAUGCGUGCCUGUAUAGGGAGCCAAUGUAGUGAGUGGAGUAGUGGAGUGACGUGAUCGCGUUUUUUUGCCUUAAGAACAAGCCUAGCAGCAGAGUUUUGAACUUUCUGCAGUUUUUCUAUAAAAUGUUUCGGUGAACCUGACAGAAGUGAGUUGCAAUAGUCAAGACGAGAGAGAACAAGAGCACAGACUAGAGUUUUUGUUGCGCUAACUGUCAGGUAGUGGCGGAUGGAGCUGAUCUGACGGAUGGCGGUGUAUGCCGAACGACAAAUGUGAGAGAUAUGUUUAUCGAGAGACAUGUUGUUAGAAAGAAUAUAACCAAGAUUCCUAGCAGAGGGUGUAAACUGUAUGUCGGAGUUACCUACUUGAAAUGAGGUGGGAAGAGUUGAGGUAGAGGAUGAUUUGUGAUUGUAAAUGAGGAGUGCUUCUGUUUUGUCAUCAUUAAGCUUCAACUUGCUGAGUGUCAUCCAAGACUUGACAUCAUCAAUGCACCCCCGCAAAGUCUGGACAGCGGAAUCGACAAGAGAUAUGUUGAAAUCACUUUAAAACCGAGCACGAGUCCUACUACAAGAACAAUAUAAACUUUAAAAUCCAAGCUAUCUUUCAUCUGGUCUUUCAAUGAUUCAAACACUUGUGGCACAGUUUGCUAGAGGAAAACAAUCACAACCUUCUCACAUAAAAACCAGACACUACCUAAAAAAACACUUUAUCCACACCAGUCUGGACACAACUUCACAGAAACAUUCUUUUACGUCACAACACUCGCAGGCCUCAUGGUGCAAAGAACGUUCAUCAAAGAAACUAACACACAAGACACACUGCCAACAAUAAAACACAACAAUGGUGCACAACAAUAACAAGUCAAUAUCCGUACUAGACACACAUCUCACAUUACAGUAGUGGGAAUGAUAUUUAUUAUUAAAUUUUUAUAAGGUUCAUUAUUCAGUCCAACUUCCCAUACUAAUUUUGUUCACAUGUGAGUGGCCUGAUUAAUAUUCAAUUAUAAAUCAAAGAAUCAACAAAUCCAUAACAUUGAUUCAGCCCAUUCUGUCUGAGCCGACUGCUUGGACUGCAUGUUAACUGCAUCUUUCUAUUCCACAAAUCCUUGUCUAUUGUUUUGUGGCAGGUCUCUUUGAAUCUUUUGCAGUUUAAUUGUCCCUAGGCUGCCUUCUUAUUGCUGACAUGGGAGAUGGGACAUGAGAUCUGGGGUAUUUUAACAACAUGAUUAACCCAUCUAUAGCGAUGUGCCCCUAUGGUUUCUAUAAUAGUUGUCAUCCCUGAUUGGUAUCCGAUUUCGAGCUUUAUUUUAAGCUCUUCAUCAUAAAGCUACAUGGAUCCUUUGCAGGCAUUUGGUCUGGCAUACUUCCAGCUUCUCUUCUGAUGAGCAUACUUCCAGUACUCUGAUCCAUAAGGAGACAUAACUUUGAAAAAUUCUGAUCAUUGUGUUAAGAGUUUCUUCAUCUUCUUAUGAAUGUCAACAUUCCUGAUGCCUUGACUUGCUUUGCUGAUGAUUGUGUGGAUUUCCCUUUGAGAGUUGCCAUCUGUUGGACACUGCUCUUGUUCAUCAAGGGCAACAACAAAAUCUUUCAAUGUGCCAUCCAUAUCUGUUCAAUGAUUUUAGUGUCAGGGUGAUCUGUCCAUGGGCUGCCAACAUCCUGGCUACUUUCAAGUCUUGAAACCUGGCCCCCUUCACCCCUGUCCCUGAUUAUUGUUUCUGUACAGAUGUGUCUUUGCAGGAUCGGGUGUCACAGAACGGUGGUUACGGAGGAGGGCUCCGGUCCUGACUUAACACAAACUAUGUUGACUUAGUAGUGGUCAGUACAGGACCGCUCCUCUCUGUGAUUUAUAUGGUGGGUGUCUAGGCGUUGAGACAGACAAAAGCACAAAGUAGACUUGGACGAAAUGCAACAACUCAAAACUUCUGGUGUCCAACGAUAAUGAAAGUGUUUAUUGGUAAGAUAUACGUUUUUCCAGUCAUCUGUCGUCUUCUGGUCUCUAGCAAGUAUUCCCUAACAACUGCUCAGUUCUAUCGUAGCUCUUUUCUCUCUCUUCCUCAACUAAUCCGUAGUUCUUCUCUAUCUUCCUCAACUAACUACUGUCGCUCCUUUCCCUCUUCCUCAACUAUGUCGUACCUGUGUUCACUCUCCCUCAACUGACUUAACUCAGUGAAAGCUCCCUCUUAUAUGUGGUUCUCUACCCCCCAUAGGUGGUCCAGGAAUGCUAUCUAUAAACACACCCAUGCCCUCUAAUUUCCGGUCAAUUAGACCUUCCCAUUGUUAACCAAAAUGACCAACCUACAACUCUACACAUCACACCAUCCCAUGCGUCAAGCCCUUACUCUGUGCGUCGUCGAGUCUAUUGUCAUCUAUCAUCAUCUUCAGUUUUUCAAACAAAAUUAAAAAUAGCAACAUACAACAUCAUGCAUAUGUCAAUAGUCAUUAACGACAUCAAUAAUUGACCAUAACAACAUGAACAUUGUAACUUAAAGGACUAAACGAACAAACGUAUCCAAACAUUGUGAUCUCUCAUUAAACGAUCUCAAUCUCAGAACAAAGUGUGUCUAUCUCAAUCUCAGAACAAAGUGUGUCUAUCUCAAUCUCAGAACAAAGUGUGUCUAACACGAUAACUUAUACUACUAUCAUACCAGCAAUGAGACUUAUACAUUAAGUCUUAAUCUUCUUCUCUGAUCCCACGACCCACUGAUCGGGUUGAAUGAUACCCACUUCUAACUCACAUACAUAGUGCAAUCCAUAGCCGCCCUACCCAUGCUACCCCACACAUUACCCAGUGUGGGAAAUAGCUGAUCCAACCGUGCUACCCCACACAUUACCCAGUGUGGGAAAUAGCUGACCUAACCAUGCUGUCCGACACAUUACCCAGUGUAGGCUACAGCUGACCAUCUCAAGCUACUCUACACAUUACCCAGUGCAGGUUAUAGCUUCCAUCCCACGCUAUUCUACGCAUUAUGUAGUGAAGGCCUAUCAUUCACCUAAUGAAGAGUAGACCGCUAACUAUCUAAUGCUGUCUCACCAUCACUAAGUGUAGAACAGCCAUACAACUAUUACUAUCAAAUUAUGAACCCAACAACACUAAUAACCAUUAUCUUUGACACUCUACAGUCUACACAUCGUCUACACCGCAAACCAUCAUGUGCCCUGCACGGUCUGUUAUAGACGAGUACCCGUAAUGUCCAUAACAAACAUCUCUGCCGUUAUGACAUCACUAACCAACACAACUAGACUCUAAUCCACACACACUGCCUUUAUCAAGGCCCAGUGUGCCCUGUCCUUAAGACAUGACCUCUUACUGCCCACCUGGCUUCUUAACAAUAGCCCAGGGGCAGCUACUCGCUCACAUUAUUCAUCAAACAUAAUGUUUAACCCAACCACAACUGUUAAGACACAUGAUUACACUCAUCACUAGCAUUACUUUAACUACACAAGUUUUUUUAAAGAAAAUGCAAGGUGUGAAACUCAAAUAAAGAUAACACAGCUAAAUUAACUAAAUUUACUAGUGUCUUAAAAACAAGUCUAACGUCUCUUUGAGAAGCCUCCUUGAUGACGAUAUGGAGAUUAUCUCACACUGAACUAAACACUUUUUAACUGUUUAUCUGUGCCACCUUCAGAUAUGCACCGCUCACGUCCUAACUGUAUGAGUGCUAAAGAACUUUCUCCACUAUUACAUCAUAGAUUAUGUCGGGAAUGCACACUACUUUAAUAUUUCCUGAAAUAUAUGGGGUGCUGAUCGUGACUAGAGCCUUCUCUCCUUUUAGCCUUGCAUCAUUCAAUAGAACAACCGUACAUCUCUCUCCUGUCAACUUACUGUCAUCAACUAAGUCUCUCCUAACCACUAUAUCACUACACAGAUAAUGUCUAAACACUUUAACCUUUUGGUCUUCAACUAACCCAAAUACACUUUCCUUCACUCCGACACCAAUAGAAAUUCCUCCUAUUAGAAUUUCAUCUUCACUAUCAUUUCCUUUUUCUUCUUCGUACUUAAUUUUACGUGUGCUAUUGUUAUCCUUCUUUACUAAAGACUUCUCUCUCUUCUCUAUACACUUCUUUUCCUGUCCUAAUCUGAAACACGUGGAUACCGUUUUCACAUCUCUGCAACUCGAAUUUUUAUCUUCCUCCGUGUCACGGACGGCUGGGCAAUUUCUCACGACAUGCCCCUUUUGGUGACACUUGUAGCAACGCCCCUGAAAUUGACACCUCACGGCGGUGUGGCCUGGUCGUAAACAGCUGAAACAGACCCGUGGCCGUUCGCAGUCUCUGGCUAGGUGUCCACUUCCAUAACAACGAAAACACCGGCGCUCGUUGUAGCAAUCUCGAGCCAGAUGACCAGUUGAGUAGCAUCUGUAACACCGCCGUGCGUUAGUGCAGUACCUAGCAAUGUGACCUGCACGAUGGCACCUGUAGCAAAGUGGUGCGUCACACUGCUUCACUUGGUGGUACAUUGCUGGUCUCCAGAAAUCCGACUGUCUGCACAACACUGACGUCAUGUUUCCCUUCACACCUGUUGAAUCCUAGGGACGUCUGUUCUCUACCUCUAUUACGUCAGCUUUGUCUAUCUCCUGUUGCCUAGACCCCGGAACGAGCCCCCAGAUGUCACAGAACGGUGGUUACGGAGGAGGGCUCCGGUCCUGACUUAACACAAACUAUGUUGACUUAGUAGUGGUCAGUACAGGACCGCUCCUCUCUGUGAUUUAUAUUGUGGGUGUCUAGGCGUUGAGACAGACAAAAGCACAAAGUAGACUUGGACGAAAUGCAACAACUCAAAACUUCUGGUGUCCAACGAUAAUGAAAGUGUUUAUUGGUAAGAUAUACGUUUUUCCAGUCAUCUGUCGUCUUCUGGUCUCUAGCAAGUAUUCCCUAACAACUGCUCAGUUCUAUCGUAGCUCUUUUCUCUCUCUUCCUCAACUAAUCCGUAGUUCUUCUCUAUCUUCCUCAACUAACUACUGUCGCUCCUUUCCCUCUUCCUCAACUCGUCGUACCUCUGUUCACUCUCCCUCAACUAACUUAACUCAGUGAAAGCUCCCUCUUAUAUGUGGUUCUCUACCCCCCAUAGGUGGUCCAGGAAUGCUAUCUAUAAACACACCCAUGCCCUCUAAUUUCCGGUCAAUUAGACCUUCCCAUUGUUAACCCAAACAUACUAUUAUCCAAAGAAACAAUCCCCCACUAUAUCAAGAUGUGAGAGUCUAUUAACCUUAACUUAACCCCAUUAACAGCAGUUUCCUUCCAUCCUAUAAGUUACCUAAACAACAAUGGAGCUCUGUCCUGUACCCCCGCCCCAGUCAUUUGUGACAUCGGGACACUUGCCUAAAUACCCAAUCCUGAUUUUGCAGAAGGCAGUGGUGGAGUUAAUCCAUCAAAUAUAAAAAGUAUUCACACAUAUGUUUAAUUUAUUUAAUUUAAAUAUAAAUGCAAAGUUUAUAUCAUUAUAUUUCAUGAUUUUAAGAUAAAUUUUGUAAAAUAUACAAGUACUGAGCUGGUUAACAGCCAAUAAAUAAAACUUAAAAAAGAUCCUUAAAUAUAAUUCUAUCUAGGUCUUGGCCGAGGCAUAAAGCUUUUCCUCAUGGACUAGAUCCUUAAAUAUAAUUCUAUCUAGGUCUUGGCCAAGGCAUAAAGCUUUUCCUCAUGGACUAGAUCCUUAAAUAUAAUUCUAUCUAUGCCUUGGCCAAGGCAUAAAGCUUUUCAUCAUUGACUAGAUCCUUAAAUAUAAUUCUAUCUAGGUCUUGGCCAAGGCAUAAAGCUUUUCCUCAUGGACUAGAUCCUUAAAUAUAAUUCUAUCUAGGUCUUGGCCAAGGCAUAAAGCUUUUCAUCAUAGACUAGAUCCUUAAAUAUAAUUCUAUCUAUGCCUUGGCCAAGGCAUAAAGCUUUUCAUCAUUGACUAGAUCCUUAAAUAUAAUUCUAUCUAGGUCUUGGCCAAGGCAUAAAGCUUUUCCUCAUGGACUAGAUCCUUAAAUAUAACUCUAUCUAGGUCUUGGCCAAGGCAUAAAGCUUUUCAUCAUUGACUAGAUCCUUAAAUAUAAUUCUAUCUAGGUCUUGGCCAAGGCAUAAAGCUUUUCCUCAUGGACUAGAUCCUUAAACAUUCUAUCUAUGCCUUGGCCAAGGCAUAAAGCUUUUCAUCAUUGACUAGAUCCUUAAAUAUAAUUCUAUCUAGGACUUGGCCAAGGCAUAAAGCUUUUCCUCAUGGACUAGAUCCUUAAAUAUAAUUCUAUCUAGGUCUUGGCCAAGGCAUAAAGCUUUUCAUCAUUGACUAGAUCCUUAAAUAUCAUUCUAUCUAGGUCUUGGCCUAGGCAUAAAGCUUUUCAUCAUUGACUACAUUUAUAAUCGAUUCCCACGUGUUAGAAGGAAGUAUGAUUCCAGCUCUCGUUUGUGGGAGGAGUUGCCGACAGACAUAGAGUAUGAGAAGAAAUACGCCAAGUCAGAGAUAGACAAGGUAAUCUUUGGCAGAUCAAUGAUUUUUAAAUAUUGUUAUGAAAUAUGCAACUAUAACUGACUCAAAAAGUAUCUAUUUACACCUGGCAUUGAUUUACAGUUGAAUGUACCUAAUGACUAAACAUUUUUUGCGUGAUUUGAAAUUAACUUUAACCAAACUUAACCAUUUAUGUAGUAACAAAUUUAUAAUAACUUAAGCUAGAAAUGUUACACAGAACUUAAAUAUUAUAAAUAAUAAUGGAAACCUUUGAUAAUAAAUUGCUUCAUAUUGUUACUUAUUUGAAUAUAAAUUGUAUGUGUUUAAGUAUAUACUUCCCUAUGAGCAAGAGAAACGGGAAUCAACAGGGGAAACAAAAACUGAUCAAGUGUCCAUGGAUGAUCGCUCAUUUUGUGAGCUGUUUUCAUUACCGGAGUCUGAGUGUCCAUUAACAGGUGUGUUAUUUAGUUUAAGUUUCAGACUGUUAAAUAUUCUUAUUCUUAGUAAUCUAAAAAUUAAAUAAAAAUAUUUUAUGCUAUGUGUAAAAAAUAAACGAUAUGGGCAUAUAUGUACAGUAGAACAUAAAUUUUCCAAACACUGAUUAACCCAAAUGUUGGUUAUCCUAACCACCCUGUCAUUUUCAAAUCAUUAAAAUCGUGCACAAAUAGAAUGGCAAAUAGCCUUGAUGUAGAAAUGCAGGAAAACAAUUCCUACCCCUGUAGUGAAAGCCAAGUAAACUCAAAUUUGAAACAAGGCAAAAUUGAUAAUUACUGACUUGACUGCAGAAUCACAAUAAACAUUUAAGGUGAGAAGAUAUUAUAAGCACUAACUUCUUUAACUCAACCUUUCGUUUAGAGUGUGCUUUUAUCCAAAACAAAUCCCCCCCCCCCACAACCAAUCUGUCCCAGAUAGUUUGAAAAAUAAAUGCUCUCCUGUACUUUCUUGGGUAUGUGCAUCAAAGCUGUACUCCUUCAUUUAAUUUCUUUUUUUUUUUUGUUGGAAAAGCCAAGUAAAAUCCAAUUUUAAACAAGGCAAAAUUGAAAAUUACUGAAUUUACUGCAGAAACACAAUAAACAUUUAAGGUGAGAAAAUAUUAUAAGCCCUAACUUCUUUAACUCAACCUUUCGUUUAGAGUGUGCUUUUAUCCAAAACAAAUCCCCCCCCCCCCACAACCAAUCUGUCCCAGAUAGUUUGAAAAAUAAAUGCUCUCCUGUACUUUCUUGGGUAUGUGCAUCAAAGCUGUACUCCUUCACUUAAAUUCUUUUUUUUAUUUGUUGGAGAAGUGACAUUGCUAAGCAGUUUCAGGGUAUAAAUAUACCGUAAUGUUGGUAAUAAGCAAUAGUGUUAUCGCUUGUGGUGCAUUAUUUGAGGUCAACCAUGUAAUACAAAAAAAAUCACAUGAUUCUAGUCCGUGCUUGGAAAAAUGUUUCUGGACCUACCAAGCAAAUAAUGUGGUUUAUGAUUAUUAAUUGAAUAUAUUUAACUUUUUAAUUUUUAUCGAUUUUAUUUGACUGUUUACACCAAGCCAGUUUAUUUAAGAUGUAACAAGAGGCAUCGUGACCUAACCAGUUGUGACUGGAUUAUUGUUGACUGUAAUCACCACUGGGUGUAGAUCAAGUGAAAAAUAUCUCAAUAUUGAAUGCUACACAUAAAAACAGUUUGAUCAAACAGUUUUUGAGCACUCCAGCUUUAAAAAGUUAAAUGUAGUAAAUUAUGUUCACUAGUGGUGUAAAGUCAUAUCUAAAAUGAAGCUGUGUCACUUGACCCCAGGCUGGCACGGUGGAAGGAGGUGUACGCUGAUCAACAGAGAGAAAUCUCUAACUGCUGCUUUUAAAAAUGGAAGACUUUACCUCACCCAUAGGUGAGUUUGAGAAAAGAAAAUUUACCAUCACAACUGAGGCUCACUUGUAAAUUUAAAUCACAACUGAGGUUCACUUUUUAAUGAAACAAUUAGGGAAAACUAAAAUUCACAAAAUGCUUUAAAAUGUAUAUUUAAAAUGUACAAAUUGUAAAAAAAAGGAUAUGUUCUAAUUUCUUUGAAAAGCUUAUUGUCAUCAAACACUUUGGUUUUAAUAUUAAAUUAUAAUGGUUGUUUUCAAUUUAGUUAACCUAUUUUAUUUUAUUUUUUUGGACUUCUCAGCUUCUUAUGUUUUGAAAGAACUAAAAUGCCUUCACCAAAAAAUAUCGUCAUACCUCUUGCUGACAUUGCACGCUUGGAAAAGGUAGACAAUCUAUUUUAUUUGUUAUGGUAGGGAAGCAUUAUUGUACAUUAAGAUAUAGCAGAAAAAAACAUAAGUCUAGCAAUCUAUCUGGAAAAUAAACCUUUUUAUAAGUUUUCAAAUUGCCCUUCUAGUCUAUUUAUCAUUGAAAUAGUAGGAACAUGAUAUGUGACAGCUCGGUUGAAGAUAUAAUACUAUCAAAAAAACUUUUCGGCUGAAAGCCUUCAUCAGUUAAUGCAAUUAAAAAAAAAGAAUAAGAAAUGAGAAGUUCGCCUGUUAUUGACAGGAAGUUGCAUAAAUCCAAAGCCGCGCUGUAAAAUGUUACAAUGGAAGAAUGUUAUACAGUCUAAGCAAUGUAAAAUGUUACAAUGGAAGUAUGUUCUACAGUCUAAGGGUCUCUUUAUAAUUUGUUCUCAGGCCAAACCCUACGCUUGGAUACCAGGGGGUGGAAUGGCUAUAGAGAUUGCUGUUGUUGGAAAUGACAAGGUGAGGUGUUAAGUAGUUUUAGCAGUUUUAAUGUCUUUUAUGUCUACUCAUGUGUAUCAGAUUCAUAACUCUAAUUUACAAAUUAAAUUUUGUGACAUGGUUUUCAUUGCAUUGCAUAAUCUGCUUAGAUUGAAAUGUACUCUCUCAGUUUACACAAGUUCAUGUAACAAUGCAGCCGAUAUUUACAUGAUGAAAAUGUCUCUCAAGGUUUCCUAUCUGCUUAUUAUUUCUUUGAGUUUAAAUUGUAUUUAAUUUUAUUUAUUUCCUUCUAAAUGCAAAUCAGUGAGUUAAUCGACACAAUUUCCCCUGCACUAUGUCUAUUAAAUAUUGAAAUGUUUCUAAUUAUAUCGGUAAAGUGUUAAAAUCUACAUUACGCUGCUAGAAUAUUUUUGUAUUUUAAGUGCACCCACCCUGGAAAGUUUGUGUUACCCAGCCACAGCUAUCAUUUAUCUAAAAAAAUUCAAUCUAUUUCGAAUUAAACUUUAUGAGUCAAUUAUUGUCUCAUUUAAAGGGAAUAUUAAAAAAAAAAAAGAUAGAGGCUGAAAUUUGAACACACUAAAAUUUUUGUUCAGACCUAAACUUUUAAUUUUUUAAUUCUCUGGAGAUGUUAGUUUAAUUAAGAAUAGCUCAUUGAAACAAAGGUGAAUCAAUAUACGGUUUUAUUUUUGGUUUAGAAGCUAAGAGACCAAAUAAAGAGUUUUUUCUUUUAAAAUAAGUUUUUAAAAAUAAAGACACAAGCAAAUCCCAAACAAGCUGUAAAAAAACACAUCCCUUUUUGGUGGGGUCUAAAAUGUUUUAAGUGUAAAUUAUAUCUAUAUAUAUAUAUAUCUAUAUAUAUAUAUAUAAUUCCCCAGCAAAGGUGAAACACAACCACGCAGGCUAUAUAUGGAUACGCCAGAGUGUGGUUAAAUAAUGAGUUCACUAGUGCACAAAAUAUAAUUCCCGAUAACUACGCUAAAUGAUAUAUAUAUAUUUUUAAUAACGCAAUUGCGUUUGAUGCGUAAUAUUUUCUUUUCGGAAAUGAAAUCGUCUCAGUUUAAGUAUUGUGUAAAAAAUGUUCAAAAGUGGUUGGGACAUGAGAAUAUUAAUAUAGUUCAUGAGCAAUUCUGCGACGUAUGCUACAACGUGGGUCGACUAGUUCUGAAAUAACAUCCAGUAUUUCAGCAUCUAUUUGUUUGGAUUUGCAAAUAUUAAUUAGAACAAUUUAUCUACAUUUCUUGACUGCUAAGCACAAUCCUCCUCGUAUCUAUACAGGAACCAAUGGCAAGUAUAGAAUACAUUUCUUUGAAUGACGCUUUUGGCAGCAUGCAUGCAUCAAGCUAAGUGCAGUCAGAAUUUAUGACCCCUUCUCUGCCAUUUUUAAUCAUAGUCUUAAAAUAGCACAUUUCUCAAUCAUUGUAAAUCAUGGUCUUAAAAUAGCACAUUCCUCAAGCAUUAUAAAUCAUGGUCUUAAAAUAGCACAUUCCCAAAGCAUUAUAAAUCAUGGUGCUAAAAUAGCACAUUCUGCAAGCAUUAUAAAUCAUGGUGCUGAAAUAGCAAAUUCUUCAAACAUUUUAAAUCAUGGUCUCAAAAUAGCACAUUCCUCAAGCAUUUAUAAUCACGGUGCUAAAAUAGCACAUUCCUUAAGAAUUUUUAAAACUGCAUCAAAACUUAAAUAAUUUUUAAAACUUUUUUUUUGCCUUUAAAAUAACAUCAUCGAACAAAAAAAACACAACAAGAAAAACCUGAGUCUCCAUAUAUUUUAUAAGCUUAUUAUUUAGUUAAGCAAAUACAAGCAAUCACAGAACUACAGUUUUAAAAUAAAGUGAUGUUUUUGGACCCAUUGCUUUCAAUGAAAAGUCUACAACUGUAAUCUUAUGAACAUCUGUAAUAUUAUUAUGGAAGCAACACUCAGAUCAAUACAAAGAGUUCUCUUCUUUCCUUACCAGCUAUCUAAAAUAAUAAUUAUUGAAAGUAAUUCCUAUAAUUGAUAGGAUUUGAUUACGUCUAGGACCCACAACUCACAGUAGGACCUACUCUCUCUCUCUCUCUCUUUCUAUUUAUGAGUGUUUAAUUUCAUAACUUUUGGCAUGGCUCUUCCUUUAUAACCCCCCCCCCCCCCCCCCAGCCUGGUUGUAGCAUUUUUUGGCUUUAUGUGUUUAAUUUCAUAACUUUUGGCCUGGCUCUUCCUUUAUAACCCCCCCCCCCCCCAAGCAGUGGUUCUUGAACAUUUUUUGUGAAUGGCUUGAUAAAUUAUGAAUUCAAAAUGCCAUAUGAAAAACACAGCAACAUUUCCCAGUUUGUCCUUUAACUCAUUUUUAAUAAUGGAAAGAACACAUAAAUAAAUUGAACUAAGCCCCACAACAGCCUUUGUUAGCAUAAACCCACAUGUUGGACAACCGUUGCUUGAUCAACUAAUGUAAACGUACAGACCAAAGUAAUACAAGUGUAGUUCAACUCCUGGCUUUGGAACAAUGUUUUCUUCCUUAUCUCACAAAAGUUACAGGAUGUGGACUUUCCACUUGUGUUAACCUGCAAUGAGUAACAGAGUGGCCUAGAUUAUCAGCUGACUCAAGUGAUGGCAAAGAUGUACAUUAAGUCUGUUAUUGGAUAAUUAUUAGCACACAUGAAUGUGAGGGAAUUUAGAGCAACUGUUGUUUUUUUAUGUUGAACACAGUUACCAAAUAUUUAAGGUGCCUUUGAUUUUUAGGAAAUAAAAUAUGGAUUUGAUGUUAGAUAAAAAUUGUGGACAUUAUCAAGUUGUUUUUUUUAAUAUUGUAUAAAAACUGAUAAGUAUCUGAUGCUAUCAUUACUAUAUUAAGUCUAAAGGCAGCGAGCAACAUCAUGAUAUCAUUGCUAUAUUAAGUCUAAAGGCAGCUAGCAACAUCAUGAUAUCACUACUAUAUUAAGUCUAAAGGCAGCAAGCAAAUUCAUGAUAUCAUUGCUAUAUUAAGUCUAAAGGCAGCUAGCAACAUCAUGAUAUCAUUGAUAUAUUAAGUCUAAAGGCAGCAGGCAACAACAUGAUAUCAUAGCUAAAUUAAGUCUUAAAGCAUCAAGCAACAUUUGCACAACAAAAAUUUAAUAUCAUGCAUCAAUUUUAAAAUAUUUUACAUUUCUACUUUCUUUUAUUUUUCUUUGAAUUGACUUUUUCUUACUUUUUUAUCUGGCAAGUCUUGAUACAAACUUGAAAAAAUUGGGUUCCUGCAUGGACUUCCCCACAGAAGCUUUUAAAAGAAUAUAGAGUGAUACAAAUUAUAUUAUUCCAAUGCUGUUCAGUUUCAAGAGUCUUUACUUGCAACACACUCAAUUUAUCUCUCAUGGUGUAUUUUAUAUUAAAUUUUUUUUUUUUAAAGGCACCUCUUUGGUUCUCAUUCAUUAAAUCUCUUUAAAUAAUCCAGUCCAAAAACCAACAUUUAUGAAAACUAAAUAAAAAAAAAAAAAAUCACUCUUUUGUUUAAUAAAGCUCAACUUUGAUAUUUCUUAUCAUAGAGCUUCUCAAAUAUAUUUAAAUCUCUGCUGGGACUUACAAACUAUGGAUGUUUUUUAAUGUCUUAUUUAUUAAGCCUUAUUUCUUUUCUGUCUUUGUACUAACGCAAGCAUGUCAACUUGCUCAACAGCCGUACAUUUUUGGAGCUAUUUUAAAUAGAGAUGAGGUCUAUGAAUCCAUUGUGGCAGCCGGUCGAAAGGCGAGUCUGCCUUGGUCCAGUGCGUCCAGAUGUCCGUCCCCAACUGAGUGACUUGUUAGUAUAACCAGACGUAGUGUUGUCUCUUAUUGGAAUGAACUCGGUUUUAAUUUCUGUCGAGCAGUGGUUUCCAGUAAAUAUUUAUAAACCUCAAGAUUGUUUCAAUAUUAGAAACUAUGAUUUACUAUACAAACUUUAUUUUUUAAAAACCUUUCAUGUCUUGUUUGUUAUGGCAUUGAUCAAUUUUAGAAAAUAAAAAAAAUGAUUAUGUGAUUAAUGAAUAGUUGGGCUUAAAAUUCCACAAGACAUUUAAAAAAACUGUCAUAUUAUUAGUUUAAAUAUAUAUCUUUAAGAGAAAGAUGCAUAAAUUCAUCAACAAAACAUAUAUCGGUCUUAGAUUUUUUAGAAUAACUUCUUUUCAGAAGUUUUCAGUCUUGGUUUCCAUUGUAUCAUUAUGUGUUUUUAAAUUUCGAUUGCUUUCUUUUAGACUCAUAGUCCUUAUCAUAGAAGAUUCAGUUAAAUAUAUUCAUUAUAAGAGUUUUGAGGGUAACACAAAUAAUUAUAAGAGUCAUUAAAUAGUCACUGUAAGAGCCAUUAAAAUAUUCAUUAUAAGUUAUUUAAAUAUAUUCAUUAUAAGAGUUAGUGUUUCAAAGGAAAUCACUGCUGGACAUUGCUGUUCUUCAGAGCUGUAGUUUAUUAUUUUUAUCUUUCUUUUGUUUAACUCUUGCAUGUUUAGAUAAAGUAACUUCCUGUACAAACAUAAUUUCCAUUUCAAACAAUGUUGUCCUGUCUGUCAAUGUAUGUUUUAGCAGCAUAACUCAGCAUUUCAGAUGCGGUCAAUAAUUGCAUCUUUCGGUAAAUGAAAAAGGAUUCACCCUGAAAGCCAUUGUGGAUGUUUUUAAAUUUUUUAAAUUUUAUUUAUCAGCUUGAAAUGUUGUGCCACAAUUUCAAAAUUUAGAAAAAUUAAAAAUAUUUUUUGGUACCUUUACAAAUAUUUCCUCCUAAACUCACAAGUUAGCUUUAAAAUAUCAUCACACUAUUAGCUACUCAGCAUUUGCUAUCAGAAAUAAUUAUAGGUGAUUCAUGAAGACCUACAAGUGCAAGCUUUUUAUUGUAUUGUGAGCUAUUUUAAAACAUUUUACAACCUUUUCAUGAAACUGAAAAAUGUAUUUAUUUUUUCAGUAUUUUAAAAUGUAUACCUUGAGGUUCAUGGUAUAAGCCCUGGAUUUGUCUUUUGAAUCCUGCUUGUUUUUUAGUGUCAACUAAAUUCAACUUUUUAAAAAUUCAUGGUAAUAAACUUUACACUUGCCUACUUUGAAAUAAUUCUACUUUGGCAAAUCUGAAAGUAAUGUUAUGAUGUAGUGGAUGACUAGGCCAUGCACUGAGCCCUGAGCUGUUAUGUUUGAUUAUGUACCCUCACCCUGUUUUAUUUUAUCCAACUAAAUGUUUUACUUUUUUUGCGGUAAUUUAUAAUAUUUUAUUCAAUAAAUAGUGGAGCAAGAUAUGUUUAGGCUUGAAAAACUUGAGAACGACAUUUUGAUCAGAAUCUUCGAAAACAUGAAAAAAAUUGAAUUUCUAUUUAUUUUUUCUUUCCUGUUUUGUCUAAUCUGCUGAAGGAGGCGUUGUGCCGAAACAUCCUUGCAAUUGUCUAAAAAUAUCUUGUUCCACUAUUUAUUUACUAUACAGUAAUUGUACGCAGACCCUCAUGUCUUAUUCUUUACUGAAUAAUACUGGGAUGUACAGCAGUAAAAACAAUGUGUUCCCAUCUUCCCUCUAACAAUCAAAUUGUAGUUAUUAAUUUCUUGAUAGUUCUCACUCUGUUUAAGGAAGACCAUUUAUUAUUUAUUGGUAUUUCUUCCCUCACAACAAUGUUAAAUGCACCUAACUUCUUGUAACUGGCUUGUUCAUUUAUUGAUUUUAAUUGUUUUUUUCUUCUCUUUUGAACAAAAUUGAUGUUUUUCUUGGCCGAAUGUUAUACUUCUACAGUCUGCCAAACCAAUCUUUCAGUUAUUGUAUUACUAGUAUCUGUAAAUAUAAUUUAUCACACCAAGUGACAAUGCUAAACACUUUAAACAGCUGAUCUUUAAAUCAGUUGUCUCAGCAAAUAUCUAAGACUCAUUAUUCCUAAUAGGACAACUGUCAAAAGUAGUGCAAGAAUGAAGAUUGUCUAAAAUACUCAUUCUCAAUGUAAACGCAAGACAACUUUAUUAUUUUUGGAUAGACAGUGGUCUGUCUGAAUAGUUUACUGUGAUUAUGUUUCCAACAAUCUCAUCUCUUUAAAGAGAAGAUUAAGAACUUAGCGCCAAUGAAUUAAGUUUUUUAACUCGGCAUUGAAAGAAAAUUCAAUGCAUGAUAUCAAAGCACUGAAAAUUUGUGUAGUUUUAGAUUGCAUCUAUCAAUGAUGAUAGGAUAAUAUAAGUUAGCAUGAAAUACUCUUAGUAUCAAGUAAAAGUGACUCUUAACAAAGCACCUCUAAAUCUUUGGCAUAAAAAGCUGUCAGUGUUUUCAUUUUACCCUUGCUGUUGUAAUCUUUAAAAAAAAAAAUCCUGCAAAUUAAAAUGAAACUUUAAAAAAAACUUGUUCUAAUCAACAUAUCAGUUUCCAAUUGCACUAAUAUUCAUAAAUACCUGAUAGGCCACCAACAAGUGUUUAUAUAUUUUCUGUCACAAUCUUUACUGAAAAUAAAUAUCUCAGAUUAUCCUUGAUGUAAAUAUCUCCCAACUUGAAAGUGAGAGGGAAAAAAAAUCAAUUUCUUGUUUUAAAAAAUAAUAAAAUAUUUUAAAACUGUUUUAUAGUAUGCCUUAUAUUACAGAAAUAAACUUAACAAAGAAAAGAAUUUAUAAAGGCAAUGAAACAUUAAGAAAUCAAUGAAUGCUUACAACAAAAUUUCAAUAGCAUCAUCAGUUUUAUCACAAUACACCAUAUAGGUAUUUAUUAUGUGAACAUCAAUGUUGCAUAACUUUAUCUUUGUUACAUUGCAUCUCCAGACAUUUAUGUUUGGUGGCCUGCUGAACCGAGAUGAGCUCUACGAUCAAAUCUGUGAUGUUGGGUACAAGAAGAUAAAGGAGGUCUCCAGAGAUGACCGUAGUCUCCCUUGGAUUCAAAACAGUCAAGUGAGAAAGAAACACAUUAUUCCAAAGCAUUAUCAGCCCUUUUCUUUAGCAACUACAUAUGAAGACUUUGACUGAAUAUUUCUCAUACACCAUAAAAAAACAAUAUUUUCAACAAGAAUAACUCCAGGAAAUUCAGGGCAGGGAUGGAUACAGUGUGUUAUAAAGAAUAUGCUAAUGUGUAGUGAUGCAAAAGUAGGUCACGUCCAUCAGAAUGAGCAUGAAAUCAAUGAGGGGAACAACUCUUCAUGCAGCUCAUUUUGUGCAACCCCAGCAGUUACGUCUAUUUUAUUUUUGUUAAGGAAAUAGAUUGUUGACUGAAUUUGUUUAUUAACACACACACACACUUUCUUGAGUUAAAAUGACCAUCAUCCGUUUGUUUUAACUCAUCAAUGGGGCAACCACAAAGAUUGUUACGUUACCAUGCAGUAAGAUUUGCUUCAUUCAAAACCAUCGAUCUGCACACCACCAUUUCUACUAUGACUGAGGUAAAUUUUGGAAACAUGCAGUCCAUUUGGUUUAUUGAAUAUUUCCUAAAUGUUGAACUCAUUUUCUUAAUUGUUCCUUUUCAUAAGAUACCGGUAUUGAGUUUUGAAGGUUUCAUUUAUUGGAUUAGAAUAAGAAAACUUGUUGUUUUUGAUCCCUAUUUGGAUAGAUCAAUUGAAAUAAACCAACAUUAUGCAAUAAAAUUAGGUCAGACCAUGCUUUCAUCUCAGGGACAUCUGUUCUGAUGAUCAAGACUAAGCUUAACUGUUAGGCUUAGAUAAACUUUUAAGGGGCGUCCAUUGAUUAUUUCAACCAUUUUUACGCAAUUUUUUACCCCUCCCUCCCUGUCACCAGCUGUCAAACUUUCAAUGACCCCUCCCCCCAAACUAAUUAUUAUUACUAAUUUUAUACCCCUCCACCAAUAAAAAUAAAUAAAUAUAUAAAUACACUGUAGUUUGUACUGAUCUAUUUCAUUUAAACAAAAAAAUAAAGUAGGAAAAUAUUUAAUUGCUCAUUACUUAAACAAGUUACAAAGUAUAAAUAAGAUAAUGGUCAAUAUUUUUAGCUGCCAUCAUCUUCCCAUGGAAAAGCCAGGUGUUCCUCUAUUGUAACAAUGGACAUAGUAGCCAAUUUCUGAAUUGAUACACUCGACAAGUCAACAUCCUCAUCUGACCAUUUAGCACUUAAAAUGGGGAUCUUCUUCAACUAUUUGUUGGCCAUUUUCUAUUGGAUCUUCAAUUUAUCGAUGGCGUCAGGAUUCUCUGCAUACAUUAUAGUUAAAAUGUCCUUUUUUUCUGCUGCUUUUCUCGUUCAUAUUUCUUUCUUUCCACUUUCUUUUCUAUCUCAUUAAGCUAUAGUUUCUUUUCUAUCUCAUCAUUCUUUAGUUUCAUUUCUAGCUGUAUUUAUUAGACCCUGCAGCUCAUCUUGGGCUUUUAUUUUGCACUUCAAAGAUUCUACUUCACUAUUGCUGCUACUACCACAUGAGAUGGAUGGACCAGCUUCCAACAAGUCUACAUUUUUCUGUUUUUUCUCAUUUAGUGUUGCAAAUUUUAUUUCUUCUUCUUCAACUUGCAGCCAAAUUACAAGAAGCUGUUUCAUUUUUCAAAGCAUGACCUGCCCAGAAACCAAGCAGUUUUCCUUUAUUUCUGUGUGCUAUUGCACCAUAUUUAGCUAAUACCUACUUGUGCUGACAAGUUAUCCUCUUUCUUCCAGUCAUUCAUCAUUUAUUUAAUUGACUUCUUUUUGACUAUGGUAUCCUGCUGACGCCUACUUGGAUAAGCCUUUACGAAGGCCUCAAAUAUCAACUGAUAAUUGUUUUAUUUUUCCAUUUCUUGGUGUAUUAAAAAGUGAAACUGUCUCUGAAUAUCUUUAAAAAUCACUCUAUUGAUAACUGAUUGCUUUGUUGUUGUUUUUUAAGUUGUGGCAUGUGUUGGAUUGGUGGCCAGAUUUGAUUUCCUUUUCCCCAAUCUCAGACCAAAAGCAAUAUUCAAACAGUUACAGUGUUACUCACUUACAUGCUCCUAAUUCUUAGACUAUCAUAUUCUUACUAUAUCAACAUAAUUUAUCUAUGACUGCCCCUAUCACUUGACCCUUGUCCUUGUUCCAUACCUACAACUUGAUGGCAACACACCGCCCUGGUCAUUUGCAACAAUGAGAAUCUACAGGUGGAGGCAGGCCACCUUUUGACUUCUCUUGCCCUAACAAAGUGUGCUAACAUUCUGACCAGCCAUUUGCCCAGUACACAGACAGACUAGACAUAUAUUACAUAAAUCUUACAUUAUUAGAAGACUCAAGAUUAUAUGUCUAUUUACA